AUGUCGACUCCUGCACUUCCCAAAUUGAGCCUCCACCAUGGUUCCUCAGCCUUGGCCAUCUCCCAAGCUUCAGCGGCGACGAAUUUGCCUACCAAAAUGUCAUUUCCACCGCUCACCAUCAAGGCACCGCCGAAGACAGAUCUCUGGCGGAAACCCCCCCACACUGACGUUGACAACGCACCUACGAUCCUCAUAUCCGAGCCCAUUGACCUCCACAAGUUCCACUCUGCCAAAGUCACCAUCUCGGGCGAGUGGAACACCCUAUACGACCAGGGCGGGAUCGCGCUCUUCAUCCCCGACGAGGACCUAAAGAAGUGGGUCAAGACCGGCAUCGAAUUCGUCUUUGGGAAGCCGUUCGUGGGCACCGUCGCUACAUCGCGCUGGUCCGACUGGUCGUUGGUCCCCCUACCCGAAAGCGCGGGCGGCAGGGUCACGAUCCAGGUCGAGAGGGAGACCAAGGGCGAUGAGCGUGUUGAGAGUCUCUGGAUCUACCUCGUUGACGAGAACACCGGGGAGAAGGUUGGGAUUAGGGAGAUCACCUGGUUCUUCAGGCACGACGUGGUUGGCGGCGAGGCCUCUGCGUCCGAUGCGAGCAGGACCUUGUUGGUCGGUGUCUAUGCAGCUAGGCCUAAGGUUCCCGAAGGAGCAGGAAGAGAGAAGGAAGAGCUCAACGUCAAGUUGGAAGGAUUCGAGGUCACCUUGUUUGAUGAUUGA